AUUAUGAUUAUGGAAUAAAAAAAGAUACGGUUACUGAAACUACUACUCCUAAAGCAGUAGUAGUAACAAAUGUAACAAAUACAAAUAGCAAAAUGUAAUAAAUACAAAUAGGAAAGAGUGAAGUUAAAGGUGGCAGUUAGCAUUUAGGGAAUAGGGACACUUGGAACAGCCAACCCUACUUGUUCUAGUAAAGACAAAUGGCUGAUGGAUAGAUCAACAAAGGCAUUUCACAUCCAGCCACAGGUUAUCCACCAGACCCCCCCUCCCACCACCACCACAUUUCUGACAAUACACAUCUCUUGCAUUAUUGCACGUUUGCACAUCUUUCUGCUCUAUCACAACAUAUCAUAGGGCUUAAAAUGUCCUUAUCUGUUGCACUUUUUGUCUUAUUGUCUUCUUUACUGUGGGAUAGAGAGAAACGCAAUUUCUAUUCCUCUGCAUGUCUAGUGUAUGUGAAAAUGACAAUAAAGCUGACUUUGAGAUUAUGCAAAGAACAAACCAAUCCUAUUUGAUAAGUGGUCAAGUUCUCCCUCAGCAACCACAAACUAACUAAAGGGAACUGAGCUGGCCAAUAUUAGCCCACUAAAACAACAGUCACAUCACCAAAGCUUUGGAAGAGGCUUUCAGAUCUUUUUCUAAAUCAAAUUGUUAUUCAGUGUUUUGAUAAAUUGUGGGUAGGUGCCGAACGCCUUAGCCUACUAGACUACAUAAUGGGUCGACUUGUUAAAACAGCUGUAAACAUAUUUCCGGGAAAUACAAACCGAAACAUCACAACACCGGGAAUUGCUAGGAGGGAGAUAAACAGGGACUCCCUGGAUGCAGGAUUUAAAUCCUAAUGAUAUGUCGUAAGAAAGCAAAAGGAAACCCCCCCUAACAUAUUCAUAAUGAAUGUUCUAGUCGGCAGGCUGAUUAGGACACGCCCCCUAUUUAUUCAGACUAUAAGAGAGUAGCCUACUGCAGUCGGCAGUAUUUCUGUAUUCGUUCUAAAGCGAAUGUUGCCACAUGAACUAAUAGUGGUCCAGAUUUCAUGUGACCUUACAUUGUAUCAUUUGUAGGCUAAACUACAGGUGUAAUACCAAUAUCCGUUUGGAUUUUUGUCCAUCUCGUUCAUUUCGGCGCAACUUCUCUCUUAGGUGGGAUAUUUGAUUUAUUCUAGGCUAGCGCGCACCUAUAAGAAUAGGACAUGGCACCGUGGACGCUGUUUACUGCUCUGCUCAUGUUGAGCAUUUUGUUUUUUACCCGUGGAGAUGAGAUUGGAUGUAAAAAAUGGGAUGACGCUAACAAUGGACAAAUAGUUUGCCUGGAAUGCCACACAGGAAACCGCUUGGUUGUUGACAAAGGUUUUGAUCCAACUAAACUUUGCACUCCAUGUAAAAAUGGCACCUACACAAAAACCAACCGUGAAUAUUAUUGUGACCGAUGCAAUCAAUGUGUUGAUCCGCAGGUUGAGCGCACUCCCUGCCACGGAACCACUGACACAGUGUGUGGGUGCAAGAAGGGGUACCGCUGUUACAGACCUGACUGCUCGAUAUGUGAGAGAGAAUGUCCUCCAGGAACACAGCCAUCCAGAGGGAAAUGCCUGUCAUGUCCAAAGGGGACUUUCAAUGAUAAGAUUCAUGACAAAUGCAAAGAGUGGACUAAAUUAAGAUGUCAUCCAGGGUACACUGUGACCAAUGGCACCACCACCACCGAUAGCAAGUGUGAUAUAUCGAACGAGGUCAUGACUACGAAACAAAGAUGCUCUACCACAACUCCACCAGAUGAAAAAGAUUGGAAUAUGGCACUGGUAUGGAUUCCCUUGGGUGUCUUAUUCUCAUUAGUCACAGUCACAGUUGUUGUUUUUGGCUUAUUUAUUACUCGAAUUAAAAUCAAUAAGGUACCCACCAAGACGCCAAUCAAAGAGCAGCCUAUAACACCAGAUCCCUUCAGCCUGAUGCUUGUGGAACAGGAGGAGUGCAGCUUCCGCCAGCCACAGCAGGAGCAGGGCAGCUCAAUGGAGUCCCUCUCCACCCAGGACUCCAUGGAGAAGCUCCUGCCUCCCGUCUGAGCUCCUGGGGCCCGAAGAGGAUCUUUCAGAGAAGCCACCAAGGCGCAGGCACAAUAGAUGGUCUUGUUGCUACGGUUACUGCACCCGACCCAUGCCACGCUCACCUAGUGGGACCUUACAGCAGCGACAUUUCACUGAACCUUGGUUAUGCCGGACACUGUCUGGACCCACACCUUGACGUGCAUUCUACAUCUAAUGUUGCUUUCGCAGUCAGUGCCUGGAUGCACCGGUGGACACUGUGACUAAACCUUUGUGAUAUCAGCCUUGCUAACUCUUGUUUUGUUUAUUUUGUUAAUGUUUGUUUACACAGAGUCUAAUUUAUAUACAUCUUACAUAGGGCUUCAAAUUUGCUGUGCAAGCAAGUAUAUUUUGGUAUUUACAGUAUGUAUGGUGGUAGCCCAUCCUAACUAGGUCUAGAGUCCUUUUGCCACACAGCUACUGGUAAUGAAAGCCUUAUUUUACUUUGAAUAUCACCUUAUUCCGCGCGCAAACAUGGGGGCGCUAGCUUUGCCCACAUUGUCUCCGAACUUCCGAUUGAGCAGUACAUCCAUUGCGAUACAUUGAGAUAGCAGAGCUCUAUCGAGAUGACUGGCAUCAUAUAUUAUGGGUCAUCCUAA